GGGCGGAGCUGAGGCCGUGCGCGUGCGCGCGCACGCACGUACGUACGUGGGUACGUGGCGCGGUGCGCGUGCGCGCAGGCGGCACGUGUCGGAGGGCAGCAUGGCGGAGUGGCGAGCGGUGCCCAGUGACCUGUUCCCCUUCGUGCUCGCGUUCCUGCGCGAGAACCGCUUCGAUGGCGCCGCGCGCGCCUUCGCCAGGGAGGCGGCGGCGAAGGAGCAGGACCCCAACGCUGCCUCGCUCCUGGACAUCUACAGCUACUGGCUGAAGUCUCCGGCGGCCAAGAAGAGAAAGCUGGUUCCCAACGGCCCGCAGGCGAAGAGGAAGCCAUCCUCCAGCAGCGGGGACAGCUCCAGCGAGGAGGACGAGACGCCCCCCGCGAAGAAGCCAGCUAAAGCAGCCACUGUGCCCAAGGCCAAAACAGUUGCUCCAGCCAAGAAGGCAGAGAGCAGCAGCGAUGACUCCAGCGAUGAUUCCGACUCAGAGGAGGAGAAGCCACCACCAAAGAAAGGUGCAAAACCUGUGGUGAAGCCAGCUGGAACUAAAAUCCAGCCUCAGAAGAAAGCAGAGAGUUCCAGCUCUGACUCGAGCAGCUCUGAUGAAGAAGCACCAAAGAAACAGCCACCAAAACCAGUAACACCUAAAUCAGGAAGUAAACCUUCCCAGGCAGCCCCCAAGGCAGUCAAUGGAAAAGCAGCAAGCAGUAGCAGCAGUAGUGAAGAUUCUGAUGAGGAAAAGACUGCGCCGAAGAAGGCUGUUCCCAAGAAGUCACCUCUGCCGAAACCUGCAGCCACUCAAGCAUGUCCAGGGAAAACCAAACGUGCCAAGGAAAGUUCAAGUAGUGAGGACUCAUCUGACAGCUCAGAAGACGAAAAGCCACCUGCAAAACAAAAGCCAAAGUCUGGUCAGUACAGUGCUGUGCCACCUCCUCAAGCUACACAGACAAAGAAAGUCCUUACCAAGGCUCCUGCAAAAAAGGCUGAGAGCAGUGACUCUUCAGACAGUAGUGAUGAGGCAGAGCAGGUGCCCCCAAAGGGAGGAGCAGGCAAAGCAGCAGUAGCUAAAACAACGCCCGGACCCAAAACCAAAGCUGUGACUACCAAGAAGGCUGAUUCCAGUUCUGACAGUGACUCAGAUUCUAGCUCUGAAGAUGACAACAAGAAGACAGGGAGUAAGCUCCCAGCCAGACAACCUGUGAUAAAAAACACUUCCAAACCAGCAAAAGUAACUGUCAAGCCUGGACAAGCAAAGAAAGACUCCAGUUCCUCCUCUGACAGCUCAGAUUCUGAUAGCUCUGACAAGAAGGCCCCUGUGAAGCCCACAACUAAAACAGCAACGCCUGCAGCAAAGAAGUCACAAGCUGCCCCAAAGAAAGCACAAAGUAGCUCUGAUUCAGAUAGCAGCUCCAGCAGCUCUGAGGAUGAAAAGAAGAAGAAGAAAGGCACUCCAGCUAAAUUAGCUGGCAAAGCGAGUAAGCCAGUGUCCAAACCUUCUACCCCAGCUCCCAAAGCAAGCACUUCUGACUCUGAUAGCUCUAGCAGUGAAGAAGAAGAAAAGAAGCCAGCAGUGAAACCAGCCAGCAAAUCUACAGGGGCAGCAAAAGCAAAUGGGGGGAAGAAGGCAGCUGCUUCUAGUAGUAGUAGCAGCUCAUCUGAUAGUUCCAGUGAAGAGGAUGAGAAGCCCAAAAAGGCAGGGAAAGGGGCACAGAACGGUUCCAAGAUCACUGCCUCCACAGAGAAAUCAAGAACAUCCACACCAGCAGCAAACAACCUGAAGUCUCAGCCAGCUGGUGGCAGCAGUGAAAGCAGUUCUGAAGAAGAGACUGGAAAAGUCAAUGGAGGCACGAUCAGGAAGAAACAGAAGAGAGAAGAUGCUCAGGAGCCAGAGACACCACACAGUAAAAAGGCAAAGAUCAAAGCCAAAACACCACACACAGUUCCCAAGGUGAAACGGCCAGCUUCCCCAUUCCGCCGAGUAAGGGAAGAAGAGAUUGAGGUGGAUGCCCGUGUUGCUGAUAACUCAUUUGAAGCAAAGAAAGGAGCAGCUGGUGACUGGGGGGAGAAGGCCAACGAUGUCCUGAAAUUCACUAAAGGCAAAUCUUUCCGUCAUGAGAAGACAAAGAAAAAACGAGGCAGCUACCGUGGGGGCACUAUAUCAACCCAAAUCAAUUCUGUCAAAUUUGAAAGUGACUGAGAAUGUUUUAUUGGGAAUUCAUAAACCAUCUGCUCACCAGAAUGCCUUGGAUGGGCAUGUGGACACUGGAUGUCAAACCUGCCUGGAAUGCUGCCUUCCCUAGCCCACUGUGAGACAGGCAGCUCCAGAGUAGGAAUGUGUGAGAAUGGUUGGAUGUUUCCUUCUUUUAUUUCUAAUUCUGGUUUAGACCCCUAUUCUGGAACCGUCCUUGAGCUGGUGUUAUUGGCACCACUAGCGUGACCUCCAAUAAUUACAUUUUCAACAGUCUCAUUUUAAAAGGCUGGCAGUGAUUUUUCAUUUUGGUUUCCUGCCCAUCUAGUAGCAGAAAGAAAUCAUUCCCCUGUAUCUUAGCCUCCCUCUUCUUUUUCAGCCAGUUUAACUUGGAUACCUGUGAAAUGGCAAGGACUGUGACUUGCCUUUGGCUUGUUCUGUAAGAGCAGCAAUUGAUUUGAACCCUCUGGCUCUAAUCCCCACCCCCACUUGACAUUUCAAGUUCACAGUUGCAGUGUGACAGGGUUCCUCUUUUCUGUUUCCUCCUUUCAUGGUUUCACCUUGCAAUAAAUUCCUACCUUCCUCUUCACUCCUGUUGAGGCCACUAACCUUAGAGAAGCAGAGUCUAAAGACACCUUAGUAGCUGAGUAACUGUGUUGCUUGCACUUGCAGGUUGGGACCUCUUGUCAGAAAGACCAAGGUCUAUAGUAGUGCUGCAGCACUCCUGAUAACACUUCAUUGGGAAUGUAGCUGGGGAGCACAGAUGUGCAGAUACACCUGACUGCAUGGAGGUUGUGACAGUUGACUCAGUGGGAAUGGGUAAGGAGGCAGAGGAGAUAAAGCUCUCUUUUCUACCCAGCUCUGCUUUUUGCUGUGUUUUUGUUUCAGAGGCUCUGACUGCAGUGUGGCAUUAUUCCUCACAGCAUACCAGCUUAUGCUUACUCCCAGCAAUGUGCCAUGCAGGUUGUUGGGAGUUGAGAUGAAUGUAUUGUUAAUGCCUUAAAUUUCUUUUUUGGUUGGAUCUCUUGCUCUUUGAGCUGGUUUUCAUCUGCUAAAUCCCUCUCAAGAAGUAAAAUGCCAGUUUGCCCCUGGUGCUGGAAGAUUUCAAGUGUUGGCUACAAGUACAUGUUCAGUAUGGGGAGCCUCAAAGAAGUUCAGUAGCUUGCAGCCUCAACUGAGAUUUCAUGAGUAACUGAAAUAAUGGCCCACUACUUUUGAGAAGGAGGGCUUGCUUUCCCACCAGUUGCAUGACUGCCUCCUUAUUUCUGGUAUAGCUCACAUCUUGUAGAAAAUGCUUCCCCCAACUACUUUUUUUCCCAUUAGCUGGGUUAAUUUUAGUUUGUGGAGCAGUCUGCUGAGCCCAUAGCCCGUAUGAAUGCAACAGCAAUAGUGCAUGUUUGGGAGAUGGGAUAGUGGGCUGUGAGAACUGCUCAUCCCAUCUCGUGAAAUUGCCAGUCACCAGGAGAGGUUAUACAGGCCCUUAUUUCCAUGUGCCCAUUCCCUCACCAAAGGGUGACAAUGAGAAGAGCCUUGUUAAGGAAGCCACGUUUCUGUGUAAAGCAGCGUCACCUAAUUGAGGGCUGGAUGAGACUUGAUGAACCACCCCCAUAUACAUGAGCUGCAACAUGUUCCAUUGAGCAUUUUUCAGGCCUUCCCCUCUGGCUUGCACAAUCACACUGGUGCCUGGAUUCUAGCCUACAGUGCAGGGGGGGCCAGGAGACCACGGUUAUUACAAGGAAUUAAAGGUUAGAGGCCAAAGGAAGGUAGGAAGAGAGUAUUUCUUGGCCUGGGGAUUUGAACAUCAUCUUGCUUGUGACUUGUCCUUUUUCUGCUGUUUAUCAGGAACUUGCAUUUGCAACUUUAAAACUUUUUAAAAACUUUUGGGGGUAUUUUAAGUGAAAGUUUUAAUGUGUCAGAAAAUAAAGACUGCUGCCUUUGUAA